AUGACCAAAGCAGCAGCUGGAGAGGCAAUCGAAGUUGAUAAAGUUGUUGAUGUAGGUUCUUUGGUAUAAUAUAGGAUAUUUUUUGUUUUUUGCUUUUUUAUGUGUCCACUUGCUAUUCCAAAUUUUUCAGACAGUACGUUCGUUAAAUCCUUUGAAAGAAGGAGAAGAUCCGGAGGUGUUUGAAGAGGUUAUCACAAGAUUAGAAGAUGCCAUCGAGAACGGAGAGAUUGCUACGCACACCGUGGACGACGACCAGGCCUACAAGGUCAAAGCCGCAUACGCGGUAUUCAACAAGCACUAUUCGAAAGAACCUCCCGAAUUCUACUGCUUCCAAAUUCCUGUUUCCAAAGGUUCUGCGUAAGUCCUCUUGUAUGGUAUUUAUUCUGUUUUUAGGGAGAAGUUCGUCGAUAUUCUACGCCAUAAUGGUUUUUUGUUGGUUGGAGACAAGUGUAAGUCCAAGGCGGAGGCAAAGUUUGUUGUCAUCUUGGGAUUCCUCCGCCAUAACGGCUUUCUGAACGAAUACCUCGAUAGAAUCAAGAAGGAGAAGAUUCUGGGAGGCGAUUUGGGGCUGAAACGGAAGAACGGAUCACACGAAGAGCAGGUAGGCACCUCCAUAAGUUUAUUAAUUCGUAUUUUAGCCGGAAGCAAAGAAGGAUACACCAGCGCCAUUGCAAUUUGAUCCUGCUGAAGGUCUGUCUCCUGGAACACAGUUCUUCCUGAUCUCCAACAAUAAGCCGCCAAAUUCUUUGCUUAAUGAAGUCCUGGUAACUAAAGGUCACAAGGCCGCUCAGUAUUCUGUCACCGACACUAAGUAAGUGUUUAUUUUUUCUUGUAUCUUAUUUUAGGUAAAGCUGUUCUAAAAUUAGAUUUUUCUUAUUUUUAGUGGUGGAUUUAUUGCUGAAUGUGUGGCAAACGAAGUGACUAUUCGUGGAGUGGUUGCUAAGAGCAAGCAGCUUGCAAAGCACUCUGCUGCAAGGCUUAUGAUCAACUAUUUGGUCAGAAGUGGAGAUAUCCCAACUCCAGAAGAGAUCCAUUUGAAUCAUUCUCAAUUUGUUGCUCCAAAAACCUUUGAACAGUUCGCAAGACACAUCUGUUUUGAAGCUCUGAUCUCGGUAAGUAAUUUACAAUUUGCUUUUUUACUGUUUUAGGCAAUCCAAGAGAAUCCUCUGGCCUCUUUAACCGACACUCAUCUGGCUGGAAUCGUGAUGGUGAAUGCAGCCGACAGAAAGGCCACAUUGAUCGCUAUGAGCACCGGCUCAUAUUCAGGGCCUCAAAUCUACAACAACGGAUUUGAUGUGAGGGAUUGCGAUGCGAUUGUCACUUGUAAACGGGCUCUACAAAGGUAUCUUUUGAGAUCCUGAUAUUACCCAUGGUUUUCGGAAAAGGAAAAUUUGAGUUUUUUAGAUUUUUGAUGAAAGAAGUUAUCGUUUUCUGCGCCAAUCCGGCAGCUUCGAUCUUUUGUCAAGAAGAAAAAUCGAUUAAAUUGAAGCUCCGCCCGAACGUCUCUUUCCACCUAUAUUGCAAUUACAACCCCUUACCAGGCGAACAAACCUCCUCUUUGAGGACGAAGAAGCCAGUUGGGAUUAACAAAUUCGCACCUAGAAGGUUUGUCCCACUCUCGAUGGUCACGGCGGACAAGAUUUUGAAGUGGAAUGUGAUGGGAGUUCAAGGCGCCAUCCUCACUCAAUCCAUGGAGCCAGUCUUCCUGAAAAGUAUCAUCGUUAAUGCCAAUGCCGACUACGAUGAGCUUCAUUUGAUGCUCUGUGGAAGAUACAAGGACUCGAAUGCCCCAAAAAUUGUUAUCAUGCCUCCGGUAAGUUGAUUUGGAAAGUUUUAUUUUUCGAAUUUUAGAUUGCUCCCUAUGACCUUAAUAUUGCUCCAUAUCAACCAGGAGAACGUUACGGAUUACUGUGGUCGAUCACUGAACCCGAUGAAACGAGUAUUUUGUCGUGCUCGUCGGGAUUCAACUGGGAUGGGUGAGAUUUUUGAUUUUUUUGGGAUGAGGUCAUCAUGGAUAAUAUAAUUUUUGAUCGAAUUUUGUUAUUCCUUGAUGCAAGUGGAAGUUUAACUGAAUUUUUAGGUCUCUUCUGUUUAAAUUUUGGGUUGAAAAGCAUUCUGGAUGGCUGAAAAAUUGAAUUUUGUUAAUUAGACUGUGGAUAAUAUAAUUCUUACAAUCUUUUUCAGAUCCCCUUCAAUUAUCUCCCGAAUUGGUCUGUUCAGCGUGGUGAAGAAGAUUUACAAAGCAUUUGGAAUGGACAUUGGAGAAGCCCAGUAUUUGGAUAUUAAACACGCCGCCAACACUAUUGAAUACUUCUCGAAAUUGGGGGUCUUCAAAAGAACUCUAGAGGAGAGUAAACUCGGCACAUGGAUUCAGAAGAACAAUCGUUGUUAA